AUGUCUAGAGAGAAGCGACCCGCCAAUGAGGCUUUUGGCACAAGUCAGUUGGUCAAGCGCACCAAGUCGGAUGCCAACCUGGGAGGAAGCUCUGCAGUAGCUGUAGUCAACGGGUCGAGCGCAAAUGGCGCCCUCAUACAAGCGGGAUCGCGAUCCAGCGCACUGCAGUCGCCAGUCAUGGAAUUAACGGGUCACUCAGGCGAAGUGUUUGCAGCACGGUUCGAUCCGACCGGACAGUGCAUCGCUUCUGGCUCCAUGGACCGUUCUAUAUUGCUUUGGCGUAGCUCCGACACUUGCGAAAACUAUGGCAUCCUCACUGGUCACAAGCAGGCAGUACUCGACUUGCACUGGUCACGCGAUUCCAAAGUUCUCUUCUCCGCAUCGGCAGACAUGCACCUAGCAAGUUGGGACGUCGAAACUGGAGAGAGAAUACGAAGACAUCCAGGCCAUGAGGAGGUUAUCAAUUGUAUGGAUGUGAGCAAGCGCGGCGAAGAGGUGCUCGUGAGCGGUUCCGACGACGGCUAUAUUGGGAUUUGGGACACUAGAACAAAAGAUGCCGUAACCUUUAUCCAGACGGACUUUCCCAUAACAGCAAUAUGCCUAGCAGAAGCUGGAAACGAGCUAUUCACAGGCGGCAUUGACAACGACAUUAAAGUCUGGGAUCUGCGGAAACAGGCAGUGACAUACACAUUGAUUGGGCACACGGAUACAGUGACUUCACUCCAAAUGUCUCCAGACAACCAAACACUAUUAUCCAACGCACACGAUUCGACUGUUAGGACAUGGGAUGUAAGACCCUUUGCUCCCUCUGACCGACGCAUACGAACGUACGAUGGAGCCCCUACUGGCCAAGAGCGCAACCUCUUGAAGGCAAGCUGGGACUUCAAGGGCGAAAAGAUUGCAGCUGGUAGCGGGGAUCAGAGCGUGGCCGUUUGGGAGACACGAACAGGGAAACUCUUGCACAAGCUGCCAGGCCACCGAGGCGCCGUCAAUGACGUGCGUUUCCACCCUCUUGGCGAACCCGUUUUGGUCUCCGCCUCCUCCGACCGAAAGGUCAUGGUAGGCGAGCUCGGCAAGUGA